UGUGUGUGUGUGUGUGUGUGUGUGCGCUCCAGGCUCCAGAGCUGUUCACGGUGGAGAGAGCCUGGAACGCUUUGGAGAUAGCUGGGAAGAAACUGCUGGGACCACUGGGAAUGAAAACCCUCGAUCCUGAUGACCUGGUUUACUGUGGCGUCUAUGAUAACGCACUGGACAAUGACAACUACAACGUGGCCAGAGGCUUCAACUACCACCAAGGACCGGAAUGGCUGUGGCCAGUCGGGUACUUCCUGCGUGCUAAACUCUACUUCGCAAAGAAGCUGGGAGAAGACACGUACACCAAAACGGUUACCUUGGUGAAAAAUGUUCUGUCACAACAUUACACUCACCUGGAGAGGUCUCCAUGGAAGGGUCUGCCAGAGCUGACCAAUGAGAAUGGCCAGCACUGUCCAUUCAGCUGUGAGACCCAGGCCUGGUCUCUAGCCACUGUGCUGGAGGUCCUGUAUGACCUGUAGACCUGUGCAGAGGGCCACCUGUUGCUCAGUUCAUCACCAGCCAAUCACAGCAUCCACUCAGAAAAGUGGACGAGAGGGUCAGUGUGGAUGGAAUCACACUGUUUUCUUUUUUUCCAGAGGGGGGGGUUCUGGUAGCAUUUCCAAAUAAAUACUGCAGUGCUUAAAGUGUUUACUAACCA